UCGAUUGCAAAAACCAUAAUCUGCCAUACAACCUCCGCGGGAACCUAAAAAAAUGUCCAACUCAAUUGAACAAACCCUAGAACAACAACACCACCCACCACCCUCCAAUCUAAACUCUAACACUAACAGCAAUCACCAGCUGCAACACCACCGUGACCAAUCACAAGAAUGGGAGACCAUGGCUCGAGCUUGGCUCAGCGCCUUUCCUGAGGGUAAAGCCGUGAAUGUGAACCAAGUCGAAGCUUGGAUCGACUCUAACUAUUCUUCUUUACCGGCAGACCUCCUCUCCAUGCCUCGCUCAGACCUCAUCGAUCGCCUUCUCUCUAUUCAAAAUUAUAUGAAGCUCCCCAUUCAGGAGAAAGAUGGAAAUCAGGCUGAUCCACCGGCGAGGUUUCAGAGAACUGAUCAAUGGAUACCGGUUUAUUCGUGGUUGGAGUCGUUGGAUCAAGAUGAAGUUGUGAAGUCUAAAGAUAUUUCCGAUUGGUUAAAUGAUAAUCCAGCGGUUAAAGAUCAGUUGUGUUCUAGACAUUCGAGAUACCACUUGAUGCACUACAUCAAAAAAUGUCAUUUAAAGAUACUAAAGAGGAGGGGAAAAAAGGGCUUGCAGCAGUUUAACAAAGAAACUUCUCUUCCCAACCAAGAGACUUCUCUUGUAGUUCACAAGAGUGAAGUGCCGAAACAACUGAUGCCGCUUCCAAGCAAUCCUUUGAACAACAUACCCAAAGAUAGUGACCUCUACGUAUCAAAACGAAGUGAAGCCUUGCGUAAAUAUGAGAUUUUGGUGGAAUUGGAAAAGAAGCUUUCCCCAGUCUUCUCAAAGCGACAAGAUGUAAACUAAUGAGCUAGGGUUGAACAUCAAAUCAUGGUUCUAAUGUAAUUUUGUAGCUCAUGUAUCAUUUUGUAAAUGACAGGCCUAGGGAGUUUAGUUACCAAUUUCACCAUUUUCAA